AUGCCGGCCAUUCGAAGAACACUUAAAAAUGCAAUCAAGAACUAUUCAGAUGCUCAGGUAAAAGUACGAGAAGCAACAUCCAACGAUCCAUGGGGUCCUUCAAGUACAUUGAUGACAGAGAUCGCAGACCUGACUUACAAUGUUGUAGCUUUCACAGAAAUCAUGCAGAUGAUCUGGAAACGCCUUAAUGAUGAUGGCAAGAACUGGCGACAUGUUUACAAAUCCUUGGUUGUUCUCGACUACAUCAUUAAGACUGGCAGUGAAAAAGUUGCUCAACAAUGUAAAGAGAAUUUCCAUGCCAUAAAAACCUUGACGACCUUUCAGUACAUUGAUGCUGACAACAAAGAUCAGGGCAUGAAUGUUCGAGAAAAAGCCAAACAGCUUGUUUCCAUGUUAUCAGAUGAUGAGAGGUUGAAAAAUGAACGAGCAAAGGCUCUGAAAGCAAAAGAAAGAUUUGCACAGAAUGCUAUGGGAGUGGGAAAUGGUCAUGGGACUAGAUCAACCAGAGUUCGAAUGGCCGGCAGUCCAACAGGAGUUGGCUAUCAGGACUCAUUUGGAUAUCCAGACUCAUCACCCGGUAGUGGGAGUGCGGGCACCCCUUCAGAGAUAGAAAAUGCACGUCCUUCGUCAGCAGGAGAGGAAGAACUACAAUUGCAGCUGGCCCUGGCAAUGAGCAAAGAAGAGCAUGAAGAAGCUGUUCGCAAACAAAAAUCUGACGACAUCAAGUUACAGAUGGCAAUUGAGCAGAGCAAAGAAGAGGCGAGAAAUGAAAGCUCACAGUCAGGAACCCUGUUGGACCUAGCUGGAUCCAGCACAUCUGGGGCUCAUGCUUCUGCUAGUGCAGACCCCUGGGGCAUGCCUGUUCAGUCCAGCCAACCUGCCGAUCCAUGGGGCAGUCCUCUGCCUAGGUCAUCUAAGACGACACCAGCUGAUCCCUGGGGUUCCAGCGGUGCGGCUGGUUUACAGUCCCCAGCCUACUCCCCAGUGCAUGGAUCUUCUGCCAGCGCCAGUUCUCGAACUCCUGCACCAAAAAGCGCCGACCCUUGGGGAAUGCCAGUUAGUGCCCCAAGCCCCCCAGCCAAUUCUGGCGCGUGGUCGAGUGCUAGCCCUGUUCCCCAGGCGUCUGCAUGGGGAGGUUCAUCCUCCACACCGCAGCUGCAAGGCAGUGUUGGCGGAAACUUUGAUCCUUUCGGAUUGCCCAGAGGUCCUGUCACAAAUGGAACAUCCACUAACAAUAUAGACAACGAGUUUGACUUGCUGGGCACUCGUAGCCCAGAGGCAUCGCCGAUCAAACCUUAUCAUGGUCUGGGUGAAUUUGAUCUGCUUUCAGAUGGUUCCCAGGCUAAUGGAUCUACCAGUGAUGUUUUUGAUCUGGACCCACUCAACAAGAACUUGCCUGAGAAAAAGAAAUCUGCUGAGGCAUUUUUAGGUGGACAUGCAAAUUUAGUGAACUUGGACCAGCUUGUGUCCAGGGCACCUCCCAAAGGCAACAAUCCCUUUGCAAUGACUGUAGGCCUGAACAACCCCUUUCAAGUUCCAACUGCGGGUGUACGGAUGCCGAUGGCACAGUUGGCCCCAAGUAACUCUCCAGGUUUCACCCAGCCAGUUGGUGCCGUGCUCCUGCCUGCCCCUCUGCUUCCACUGGGCCCCACACAACCUAUGCAGCCAUACACACAACAACAGCAGCAGAGUUACAACCCCUUUUUAUAA